GUUUAGCGGAUCUCAAUCAGUUUUAGAUAGAAGCUGGGUCAGAAGCCACAAAAUGAAGACAAUCAUCUUAUGUCUUAUCUUCAGUGUUCUCGUCGCCACAGUGUUGUCUGAUGAAUGCAACCCUGGUGAUACAAAAAAAAUAGAUUGCAACUCUUGCAAAUGCACUAAUGGUGUGUGGGCUUGUUCGAGAAGACUUUGUAUUUCACGUCCAACACGAGAAACACACUGCACACCUGGAUCUACGUUCAAAAAAGAUUGCAACACAUGUGUUUGUAAUCAAGACGGAACCAACGCUGCUUGUACCCUUAAAGCUUGUCUUUAGGUAAUGAAACUAAUACACGUAUUAUACACGUAUAUUAUGUACUUCAUGGUGUGUUUAAUAUAAUGUUUUUAAUGUUAGCAUACUUAAUUAUGUCCUAUUGUUAGAGCCUAUAAUGUUUUGUUAAAUAAACACAUAUAUUUGAA